GAGAUAAAGGAUUGGGGUCCGCAAGAUAUAUACUGUCAAAGAUGCGUUUUUCAUAGCGUUGUUCACUAAGAGUGGAUGUGCUACUGAAUCUAAGGAUCUACUGAAUGUCGCUGUAUUGUGAUUGUUUCAUCUGCGUGGGUAUGAUGUGAGGAUGCGUUGCCUGGUGGCGCGGGUCAACUAUAAGACACUGAUAGUGAUCUGUGCUGUGUUCACCCUCAUUACUGUCCUGCUAUGGAACCGCUGCUCCAACGAGCCCCCGCCCAGCCCGGCCCACCCCCCACCAGCACCCACGGCCGAGGCCGAUGCCCUCGACCGGCCAGAGGCCCCACCCAUCGCCAGAGAGGUUCCGUACGAGGAGAUCGAGUGCCUCAUCAAUGAAGAUACCACCAUCAAAGGCAGGCGUGAGGGGGCCGAGGUGUUCCUGCCCUUCACUUGGGUGGAGAAGUACUUUGGCGUGUACGGCAGGAUUGCGCAGUAUGACGGCGCAGAACGCUUUGAGUUCUCCCACAGCUACUCAAAGGUGUACACCCAGCGCGAGCCCUACCACCCCGAUGGAGUCUUUAUGUCGUUUGAGGGCUACAACGUGGAGGUGCGUGAGCGGGUCAAGUGCAUCAGUGGAGCAGAGGGAGUCCCAGUGUCCACACAGUGGGGCCCUCAGGGCUACUUCUAUCCCAUCCAGAUCGCCCAGUACGGUCUGAGCCACUACAGCAAGAACCUGACGGAGCGACCGCCCAGUGUGGAGCUCUACGACCGGCCGGAGGGCACGGUUGAAGGCCCCAGCCCCUGGACCAUUCCAAAGGGGUGUGCCCUCACAAGAGUCCGUGACUUUGCACGCGCCACAUCCACACGACAGUUCAGUGCCCCAGAUAAUUGUCCAGGCAUCUCUCUGAUUCUGGGUAACUCCAGGGACUUUGUCCUCGCAUUCGACGUGAAGUUCCUGACCAACGGGAGUGUGUCCGUGGUGCUGGAGACGUCAGAAAAAGGCCCUCCGUUUGUCAUUCACUACGUUACUAGCUCUCUACUGCUAGCCUACAAGGAACGCGAGGUCACCUACGGCAUCGGCGCCAGGGCCGUGUGGAGCACGGUGACACGCGACCUGCUGACGGACCUGCGGAAAGGCGUGGGUCUGUCCAACACCAAGGUGGCACGGCCAGUGAGGGUGGUGCCACGGCGAGUGGUGGAGCUGCAGCUGCGGGGCUCCGGCUUCAUCGACAACAUCACCAUCUCGUCCACCGCCCAUCGCGCCGCCUUCCUCUGCGCCAGCCGCUGGCUGCUGCGGCACCAGGACGAGCGUGGAGGCUGGCCCAUCUGGGUGGCACGGAGGCUGGGCGAGGGCUUCCGGCCACUGGAGCCUGGCUGGUACUCCGCCAUGGCGCAGGGCCAGGCCAUGUCCACGCUGGUACGUGCCUACCUGCUGACCCACGACCCGGCCUUCCUCAGCGCCGCGCUGCGCGCCACCGGGCCCCUCAAACGCACCGUCGAUCAGCACGGGGUGAGGGCCGUGUUCAUGAACAAGUUCGAUUGGUACGAGGAGUACCCCACCACGCCCAGCUCGUUUGUGCUCAACGGCUUCAUCUACGCCCUCAUUGGGCUGUACGACGUGGCCGAAACAGCGGGAGACAAGCUGGGCCGCGAGGCGGAGGUUCUCUUCAGCCGAGGAAUCGAGUCUCUCAAGGCCAUGCUGCCUCUCUUUGACACCGGCUCCGGCACCGUCUACGAUCUGCGUCACUUUGUCUUAGGCACGGCCCCCAACGUGGCUCGCUGGGACUACCACACCACACACAUCAACCAGCUGCAGCUCCUCGCCUCCUUCCACAGCACCCCCAUCUUCAGAGACUACCUCAAGCGCUGGAAGACCUACCUGAAAGGAGGCCGUGCCAAGCACAACUAGCCUAGAGUGCUUUUCCCAAAACCAUAGUUGCUAACCUAUUAGCAACUUAGUUGGUUGGCAAUGGGAAAUUGCUUUGCAACCAACAAAGUUGCCAACUUAGUUUUCGGGAAACGGGCCCCUGGUUCACUGGGUGUCCUGCUGUUCAUAGUGUGAAGCAGCUUUGCACACUUUUUCAAAUCAAAUCUAUGUUACUUUGACAAUGUUUUUACUCCUCCAAAACAUUGUGGCUAUUGGACCAGAUCCUAGAAAACCAGCUGAUUAGUUUCUGUAGAAAAGCAUGUACCUUGUCUUGGCUGAGCAUGGGUACAUAUUUGUACAUACAGGCCAGGCAGAUUUGAGAACAGGCAUAAUCUUAUAGAAGUAAAUACUGGCCAAAAUGUUGUUUGAGUCCCUGACGAGCCAGACCCACAUUAAAAUGUAGGAUCUGGGCACUCACCGUUCGCAGUGCUCAGUCCGAGGGGUGGGAUAAUCGGUGUCUUUCAAAUCCCCUCUGCA